CGACGGUUCCAUUUCUGCCGCCCCAUUUCAUUCCUGUUCCCAGACGGAGCGCGAGGCCGUUGGGAUUGCAUCCGCGGAGGCAAGCAUGACUGGCACGAUAAAGGUCCACAAUGUUUCACUUAAUGCAUCAGAGCAAGAUAUUAGCGAGUUCUUUUCGUUCUCUGGUGACAUAGUACAUGUCGAACUGCAAAGUUGUGAUGAACGGUCACAGUUUGCCUACAUAACGUUCGGAGAUAACCAAGGAGCAGAAAGGGCUAUGCUUCUUACGGGUGCGACUAUAACAGAUAUGUCUGUCAUCAUCACACCAGCCACUGAAUACAAGCUGCCGGCAUCCGUUUUAGCUGAUUUGGAGUCAAAAAAUGUUGGUGGCAUGGAAUCCGCCCUUCGGAAGGCAGAGGAUAUUGUUGGUUCUAUGCUAGCCAAAGGAUUUGUUCUUGGCAUGGAUGCUGUUGAUAAAGCAAAGGCUUUUGAUGAAAAGCAUCAACUCACAUCGACUGCAACUGCCAAAGUCGCUUCCCUUGACAAAACAAUGGGUCUAAGCCAGAAGUUCAACACCAGUACCUUAGUUGUAAAUGAGAAAAUGAAGGAGAUGGAUGAGAAAUACCAGGUUGCAGAGAAGACAAAGUCAGCAUUAGCCGCUGCUGAACAGACCGUCUCUACUGCCGGUUCUGCUAUCAUGAGUAACAGGUAUGUCCUUACAGGGGCGGCAUGGGUAACUGGUGCCUAUAACAAGGUUGCAACCACUGCAACUGAUGUUGGUGCGAUGGCAAAGGAAAGGAUGAUGUCCGAGCAGGAGGGAGAGCAUAGAGACUGUGAACUUGAAAAGACUCAUUUGCCUGAAAGCUCCGAAGCUGAUGAGCAAGAGUGCAAGCAUCAGGAAGGAUCUGGAAACCUAGAAAGUCCUGAAACGACUCAUCAGGAGAUCAAGCAUCAAGAGGGUGAACGUCAAAUGACUAACGUGCCAAGCAACACUGAAAUGGUUAAAGAGGAACAGAAAAAUCAGGAGGGUGAAAUCGCAGUGACCCAUGUGCAAGGAAACACUGAAAUAGCUGAGAAGGAGCCUAACCACCAUGAGACUGAACUAUCCAAGGCCAAUAUUCCAGAUAGCCUUCUGAUGGCUGAACAAACUGAGCAGGAGCACAAGCAACCGAGUGGUGAGUUUGCCAAGACCCAUGUCUCUGGAAGUCCUGUCACUAUUCCAGUCACCAUGGCCACAACUGAUGGGAAUUCUAGCAACAUUCCCAAGAAGCCUGAAUCUGCCCAGGGAUUUCUGUAA